UUUAUUUUUAUAUUCUCUCUUGAAUUCAGAGGUUAUGAUCAUAUAUUAUACCUAUUUUCUCUCUUAAAUUCAAAAGUUUUAAAUGUCUAGGAUUACAUAUGGAUACGAGUCAUAGCCAAAUUAUCAAUGGGCGUAUUUUGUAUUUAUGUUUGAAAAACUUUAUGUGCCAUGACUACUUUGAAAUAAAUUUUAAUGAAAAAAUAAAUUUUCUAAGUGGUCCGAAUGGAAGUGGUAAAAGUGCUAUUAUGGCUGCCAUUAUGUUAAUAUUAGGUGGUAAGGCCACCCAUACAUCAAGAGCAUCUUCGGUUAAAGAGUUUAUCAAAGAAGGAAAAAAAUCUGGUGAAAUAGUGAUUCAUUUAAAAAAUGAUUAUAUUAAAGGCUAUAGACAAGACUUAUAUGGGAAAAAAAUUAUCAUACAAAAAAUUUUCAACAUUAAUGGCAGUAUUACACACAAAAUUUAUUCAACCAAUCAAAAAAAUGUUAUAUCAACAAAAUCUAGAGACAUUCAAAAUAUAUGCAAUCAAUUAAACAUUCAAGUAUCAAAUCCUAUACUUAUGUUGACUCAAGAUCUAUCUAGAACAUUUUUUCAUAAUACAAAUCCUAAAAAAUUAUUUGAAGCUGUUAAUCAAGCAUUGAAAAUUGAUGAAAUAUUUGAAAUUUACAAUACCACACAAUUAUCACUCUUAAAAGUUGAAGAAAAUGUCCAAAAACAAACAAAAGUGCUGGACACAUUCAAGGCGGAAUUGAAAUUGCUCGCAGAACGGCUGGAUAAAUACGAGAUUUUGAAACAACUGAAAAAUCAUAUAGUCGUCAUGGAAAAGGAGAUGCACCAAUUUGAAUAUUUUCAGAUAAUUACCGAAAUGGAGCAAUUGAAGCAAACCAUAGUUAAAGAAGAGACCAUUCUGCAAGCCUGGCGAUCUAAAUUGAUUAAAUUUACGAAACACGCUGACCAGAAUUCUCUAAAAAUUGCCGAUUUGGUCAAGGAAAUUACGAAUCUUUCCGUCGAGAGCGAUAGCAUGAAUAAACAGCACCAAGCUAAAUUUACAGAGAGUAAAAAUAUGAAAAAGUUGGAAAAAGAGUUAAACCUAAAAUUAAAUUCCAUAAGCCAUCAAAUCAAACAUUUAGCUGAAGAGAAACAAACGCUGCAAACAACGCUAGUCGAAUUAAGCGAAAGUAAUGACUAUGUAGCUGUCAAUGCAGACACCAGCAAGUCAAAAAAUUUGGAAAAAGAAAAAGAGAAACGUGACAUGAUAGACAUGAAAAAAAAGGAAGUCCAGGAACUCAAGGAUAAACUCGAGUCUCUCCGAUCUAUGCUAAGAACUCAAACCCUGGAUCAGGGCAACCUGGAGACCUCUAUUCGCCAUGAAGCGGAGAAAAAUCAGAAAUACGUUUCUGAACUAACAUACAUGGGUGAGAUGUUGAGGAAAAAGCGGAACGAAGUUAGGGAUAUUAGCAACUCGGAUACUGAUAUCACUCUUCUAUACGGAGAAUGGAUGCCUGGUUUAUUGAAAGCUAUCGAAAGCGCUUAUGCCCAAAAAAAAUUUACAAAGAAACCAAAGGGACCCAUAGGUCUCUACAUCAACGUCAAAAACGGGAAUGCAUCUUUAGCCAUGGAAACCUGUUUGAAAAGAAUUCUCAGAAACUUUAUAUGCGACAACCAAAAUGAUUACUAUAUUCUUAAAAAAUUGUGUGAGGCUCAUUGCCCCAGACAUUUUUUACCCGUCAUUUCUAUCUUCAGUUAUUCGGACAAAACCUACGACAUAUCCAAAUAUCUGUGUAGCUAUCGAAACGCGUACAACUUUACCGAUCUCAUCGAUAUUCAAGAUGUCGAUAUUUUUAAUUAUAUAAUGGACCAGAGGAAAUUAGAGUCUAUAUUAUUUUGGGGGGACACUGAGGAUGUUGCUAUCGUUUUUUCGGAUGAUUCCAAAAGGCCAUCAAAAUGCAGUGAUGCCUACGCGUUUAACGGAGAUUAUUACCAAUAUCGUGAUAAUAAUUUAAGCAGCUACCCAUGUAUGUUUAACAGAUCAAAAUUUUUGUCCAGUGGUGGAGACAAGAAAGAAUUUUCCAAGGUUCUGAAUGUUGAAAUUGGGAAAAUUGAGGAGAAAAUGAAAAGUCUGCACACGGAAAAAGGGCAAAUUAAUAUAAAUGUUCAAAAUUUUCGGGGCAUGAAGAGCAAAAUAGACAAAGCAAUUGACUCGUUGAAAAGGGAUAUUGCCAUUUUAGAAAAAAAAAACAAAGCAGUGACAGAUCAAUUGAACAAGAGUCUCGGUCCCGAUCCUCUGGACGAGCAAUCCGUGAAUACCCUGGGUCCACAAGAACUAGAAUCUCUCAACACCGAAAUAGACAACUGUGAUGUGGCUUUAAAAAACUCGAUAGGGCAGAGAGACGAAAUUACGGCUGAAUUAAGGGAAUCUGUCGCUAAAUAUAGGCAAUAUACAACAGACAUAGAUAACCUAUUGAAAAAGGCCGGAGAAAUUAGGGUCGAGAUUCAGAAUAUUCAGAAAAACGUGUCUAGUGCCCAGGAAAAGAAACGAUUAUUUUUGCAAGAAAUCCAAAAAUUGAAUACCUCCAUAACAGAGAAGGAAGAUAUCAUUUCUUCGCACGAAGCAAAUUUACGCCAAAAAGACACGAUAUUUAAAGAAAAUUUUUUGCAGACCCAUCAAGAAUACAUAGAUUCCGAUGAUAAAACUAGAGUUCUUAGACGAUCUAACGUUAAGAAGUACAAAAACAAGGAAGAAAUAAUAAAAGACAUCUCAGACACAGAACUAGAAAUUGGACGCCUAGAAAUCGAAAUCAGUAGCCAAAAUUACGAUGAAUGUAAACUAAAUCACGAAAACAAAAAAAUAAUUCUUUCCCAAUACGAAACCAAAUUCGAAAAUUUCCUAAAACUAUCCGAAAAAAUACAAAUCGAAUUGCGUAAACACGUAAAAGGCUUCGACAUUUUCAAGGCUCGUCUUAAUUCGCGAAUUAGCGGCUUUUUUGUCCAAAAUAUGGCGCUUAGAAAUUUUAAGGCUCGUAUUAAUAUCGACACCAAAGCCAAAGAAAUCAUAAUUCACGUAAAACCUGAUAAAACGGAAGAAUACUGUAAAGAUUUAAAAGCCUUAUCUGGAGGCGAACGAUCAUACACCUCUAUUUGUUUCCUUUUGGCGUUGUGGAACUGUUUGAAAACACCGUUCAUAUGUAUAGAUGAAUUUGACGUAUUUAUGGAUCUAGUAAACAGAGAAAUAGGCAAGGAAUUGAUAAUCGCCAACGCUAAGGCAACAAAUAGUUCUCAAAUGAUUAUACUAACUCCGCUUGACAUUGGAAAUGUUGAAAUCACAACCGAUAUAUCAGUUUGGCGAUUGAAUCCUCCAGAAAGAAAAUGAUAUAUUUUAUUUUUUAAAUUUUCAAUUACUUGUAUUUUAUUAUAUCUAUAUUAUAUAUACAGAAGAAAAUACUUGUACUUCGUUACAG